AUGGGUCUGUACUGGUUAUACACCAGUAUGGUAUUUAUGUGUGUUACAAGCGUCUCACUUUUACUUCAGAUAUCUGUAUAUGGCACGCUCUUGCUAUCAUGGUCCAUGCUUGAAAUGGGCGACAACUUACACGAUAUCGGCCAAAGCUCUGCCUCCCUUCAUCAAUUCUUCCAGGCAUAUUGCAAUCGAUGGCGUGAUAUUAUUGAAAGCGAAAGAUUGGCCAGGAAACUAGAAUCCUCAAAAGUUGCUUUACCGGCGUACUCGAGCCUUGAAGAAGGAGAAAUGCGACUUCUUGUUCUGGAACCUGGGACGCAAAACAGUUUUGUUAGAUGCAAACUGUAUACCUGCAGCCAGAAUGAUAGAAUUCCUUAUCAAGCCCUAUCUUACACUUGGGGUGACCCAACAAAGGUUCAGAGUAUCGAUUGCAACGGAGAAGAUAUGCAGAUUGCGUCGAAUCUUCACCAAGCAUUACUACACCUUCGCCACCCACGUCGAACGAGAAUCCUGUGGAUCGACGCUCUUUGCAUUAACCAAGACGAUUCCACUGAGCGUGGUCAGCAAGUUCAACUGAUGAGAGAAAUUUACGCCCAGGCUACGCAAGUCAUUGCAUGGCUCGGUGAAGGCACCCGGGAAUCUCAGAUUGCAUUUACUUAUCUCUCCCAAGACCCUCACUCGACUCGCAGACGUCUCUUAUCGAACGAGUCCUGGGAACCAAUCGGGCUCGAUUUCAUCAUCGAGCCUCAUAAAACAUACCAUUACAAAGAAGACCUGAUUUGCCUGACCAAGCUCCUAGAGCGGCCUUGGUUUCGGCGGCUGUGGGUUCUCCAGGAGGUAGUGCAUGGAGAAAAUGUGAUUGUCAUGGCAGGAAACGAAACAGUCAGCUGGGGUCUUUUAGCAAAGUCGGUUCAAAAGCUCUAUCGGUCAGGAUUGAUUCUGGGGAAAUCCUCCGAGAAAGCUCAGGCUGGCGCAGCUGCUGUUAUCGAAAUGGAAAGCAUCAGGCGAUCUCGUCCUAAUCUCUUAUCGGUGCUACUUGCUACCAACUCCGGAGAGUGCUCCGACGCGCGGGACAGAUUAUAUGCUGUUCUUAACCUAGCACAUGACUACAACCCACAUAGAGAUAUUGGGAUUCUUGGGCCGGACUACAGUUUACAACCAGACGAGAUCUUUACUCGGUUUGCCCGAUGGUGUGUUGGACGAGGUGAUAUCAACUUUCUGUCUUGUACCACAAGGUCAAAAGCGAGCGAGAACGGUGACACUCAACUCCCAUCUUGGGUGCCUGAUUGGGCGGAUAUAGACAACCACCAUCCCUUCGCCCGGUACCUGGAUCGUGUUCCUUUUCAAGCGGAUACUGGUCUUAAAGGGUUGCCACACAAGCAGCCCCCCAGCAUUACCGAGGACAACGAGCUUGUCCUUUUUGGAGCCGUCGUUGGAGUUAUAGAACACGUCAGCCCAUCGUCGACUUUCAACAAAAGUAACAUGGAUGCAGAACCCAAACAACUUAUCGACACGAUCGUUGCGAACAGAAUGUGGCUAAACAACUGCCUGAACAUUAGCCAGCUAGUUACAGGCGGUUCAGAAAAACAGUUCUGGCGUACGAUUACAGCAACUUUGACAGGCGUUGGAUACGCUGUUAGCGAAGACUUUGGGAAACGAUUCUACAAAUAUCUACAGUUGCUUGACAACAUGUCACUUUAUGCUGGUCCGAAAUCACACAUAUCAAACUCGGCUUUGGGUUAUUUUACUUCCCAGAAGUACCUCAGUGCGAGUAUUGAGUCAUCGAUAUUGAUGUGGGCGUCAAAACGGCGGUUUGCUGUCACGAAACAGGGUAUGAUGGCAUUAGUCCCCAACGGCACAAAACCAGGAGAUGUUGUUACUGUAGUUGAUUCCCUUUUGGAGUCAUCGUUAAGCAUUGUUUCCUCUUCUAUCUUCUUGCAGCGCAUGAGCCUGAUCCUCUCAUUUCGAUCCAUUCUGGCAUAG